GGCCAAGGAGAGCGAGUAGCCAGCCCAUCGAACGGCUGGUUUCCACCCCUCGAUGACAGCGGUCGCGAAACAGGCGGUGGUCUAGGAGACUCGGAGGACCUACCGCUCAGUCCUGCGCAUGCGGAAUUAUGGGCUGAAAAUGGACAUGUGUACAUACGGGAUCUGGGAUCCAAACAUGGGACAUAUGUUAACGACGUCAGAAUAACCGGACCUAGCCCACUGAAGACGGACGAUAUUCUGAUCCUUGGGUUUGAGUUACCCCGCUCUGCCAGUACUCCGAGACAUCUCACGAGCCAUGACCUAAAACCGAUUGUGGCAAAA